UCCCACACUUGGAGGGAUACAAUUUGAUAGAUUUUUCUUAUCUUCUAUAUAUAAACAAUAAGAUAAUAAGAUCCCAUACUAGAUUUGCAAAUGAAAAGGUGAGUGUCAUUCGGAUUGUGAGAUCACUAAAGGAGCACUAAAUUUGCUGCGGCUAGAGGAUAUUUAAAGAGGGGUGUUCCAAGUGAAAGACCAAUUUGUGUCGCAAGAGUUGAGACAAGAAAAAAAUUGGAAAAAAAAAAAAGAAAAGAAAUGGAAGGAAUGAUGGGGUGGAGAAUGGCGGAGGAAGGGUGGAGGAAGGGACCUUGGACUCCGGCAGAAGAUAAGUUGCUUAUGGAGUAUGUUGCAUUGCACGGGGAGGGGAGAUGGAGCUCCGUAGCUGGUUACUCAGGAUUGAAGAGGAAUGGAAAGAGUUGUAGGUUACGUUGGGUGAAUUACUUAAGACCUGGCCUUAAGAAAGGCCAUUUAUCGCCUCAAGAGGAAGGCAUUAUUAUCGAGCUUCAUGCUUUAUGGGGAAACAAAUGGUCCACAAUAGCUAGGUAUUUGCCAGGAAGAACAGAUAAUGAAAUAAAGAACUAUUGGAGAACUCAUUUCAAGACGAAAGGAAAACCUUUGCAAAAUGAGAAAAAGAGAAAGUAUGAAGCUGAAUUUAGCAGUAGUACUCAAGAACAAGGAGUUGGAGGAAGUAUGCAUAGUGAAACAUUACAUGAAUCAGAAGAUAACGAUAGUGGGAUGAUCAUUGAACCAUCACAAGCCACGCUGCAAGACACCAGAGCCAUCUCAUGUCCGGUGAUCACCAGCGAGCAGCAGCAACAAAAUCCGUGUGUCUUGGCUCAAGAUGUUGCACGGUGGUGGGACACAGUGUCGGAUGAUGGCUUAUGGAGUAGUGGCUUUUUGUGGAAUCAGCUAGAUCAUGAUCAUCCAAGCCAAGCUGUGAUAGAACAAUCAUUUAGUUCAUGUUUUUGACUUGUAAAAAAAGUUCAGAUCUUAGAUUCUCUAAGCAUGAUUCAUACGAUAGAAAUCAUUUUUUUUUUGCUUGUACUGUCGUAAGAAAUGCAUAAUUUAUAAGUACAAUGGAAUGUUUGUUUUCACUGUACCUUGUUGGCGUUUUUUCUUUUUCAAAAAGGAUCCGUCCAAUUAUCAUUGAAAGCGAACAUGAUUUAUGAACUCCGUCUUGUUCCUUACCACCGGUUCUUUUAGGACAUUCAUCAAACAUUUUCAGGCCAACGCAACAACCAGUGGCGGAUUUAGGGGGGUUCCGGGGUGGCACCGUCAACCCCUAAAUUUUCCGGCCGCAGUGGAAAAAUUUUCGAAAAUUUUAAAAUUUUUUAUUUUUUCUA